GACCUCACAAUGUCUUACCAUACACCUCAAAAAAACAUUUCAAACUAGUUACAUACCGGUACGUGCACACACAGGACCUAUUGGGCGUUCAGAACAAGUUAAAGGAACUACAAAUCCCUAAAAUAUUUCCGAAGCAAUUAGUUACCUAUAUCAACCUUUGAUUGGACAGACUCAGUAAAGCUCCGUGUGAUUGGCCGGCGGUCGCCAUGUUUCCUUUACCAGCUGUCUAGAUGUGUGCUAGCUAACCUGUUAGCUGUCUGAGGUACAUUUGCCUCUUUAUUCGGGGUAAAAUUAACGACAGGCCCCGCCACCCCGUCAACACCGGCUCUGGAAGUCGCAAUGCCGGUUCACUCCCGGGAGAAGAAAGAAAGUAACCACGAAGAAAUGGAGGUGGAUUUUCCCGAGCAGGACGGCAGUAGCACAGACGAGGAGGACACCGUUAGCUCGUCUGUGUCUGAAGAUGGAGACAGCUCGGAGAUGGAUGAUGAGGACUGUGAGAGGCGGAGGAUGGAGUGCCUGGAUGAGAUGACCACCCUGGAGAAACAGUUCACUGACUUGAAGGAGCAGUUGUACAAGGAGCGUCUGAGCCAGGUUGACAUCAAGCUUCAAGAAGUAAUGGCUGGCUGUGCCCAAGAGUACCUGGAACCUUUAGCCAACUUGCAGGAGAACAUGCAGAUCAGGACCAAAGUUGCUGGGAUCUACAGGGAGUUGUGCUUGGAGUCCGUGAAGAACAAGUAUGAGUGUGAGAUCCAAGCUGCCUGCCAACACUGGGAGAGUGAGAAGCUGCUGCUGUUUGACACUGUGCAGAGUGAACUGGAGGAGAAGAUCAGAAGAUUGGAGGAAGACAGACACAGUAUUGACAUUACCUCAGAGUUGUGGAAUGAUGGAUUGCACUCACGGAAAAACAAGAAGAAAGACCCAUUCUGUCCUGUCAAGAAGAAGAAGCCUGUUGUUGUUUCUGGACCUUAUAUUGUUUACAUGCUGCAAGAUCUUGAUAUUCUUGAGGACUGGACCGCAAUAAGAAAGUUCCUGCAGUCAAGCCUGACAGACAUCACCAUGUGGCGCGCUCGGAGGACGGUCGACUUUUCUAUGACAACCAGUGGUACUGCAGGGGACAGGCCAUCUGUGUCAACAGGAAGGAUGAGUACCCGACUAGUGCCAUCAUCACCACCGUCAACAACGAUGAGGUGUGGUUCAAACGACUGGAUGGCACCAAGUCUAAGCUGUACAUCUCCCAGCUGCAGAAAGCUGGCGCCGCUGAGCUGUUGUGAUUGGCCCUCAUCAGAGAGGCUGACUACAGGUGCUCUGCCGGAAACUGAAGACGCAAAGGCCGGUGGAGGCAAGUUUCAGCAGGCCACGGCCGUCUUCUCGGGUUUUCAUCUUCAUAGUCCCCCACAGGUGUCGUUGGUAACCGUGGAUGAAGUGCAUUUUCUUUCAACCCCUCCCCCAAGUGGCACCAGCUCAGUGGCUUUUAGUAAACAGUCGUGCUGUGUGCGGAGGGAUUGAGGUGGACGUGAGUGA